AUGGACCUCGAGCACCGCAUCAAGGCUUACCGCUUCGUGGCCUACUCGGCCGUCACCUUUUCGGUGGUUGCCGUCCUCUCGGUGUGCGUCACCCUCCCCAUGGUUUACAACUAUGUCCAUCAUGUGAAGAGGACAAUGCACAACGAGAUCAACUUCUGCAAAGUUUCCGCCAAGGACAUCUGGAGUGAAGUGAACCACCUUAAGAAUGUUCCAGCUGGAAACAGAACAGCCCGUCAGGCUGGCUACGGAGACGCCGGAGUUUCUGGUGGAAGUGCUGUGGCAGGAGGAAGCUGCGAUUCUUGCUGCCUUCCAGGCCCUGCUGGACCCGCUGGUGCGCCAGGAAAGCCCGGACGGCCAGGAAAGCCUGGAGCCCCUGGACUCCCUGGAAACCCAGGACGUCCACCUCAGCAGCCUUGCGACCCCAUCACCCCACCACCAUGCAAGCCGUGCCCUCAAGGACCACCUGGACCUCCUGGACCUCAAGGACCACCAGGAGAUGCCGGUGCUCCUGGACAGCCUGGCGCACCUGGAAGCGGCGCCCAGCCUGGAGCUCCUGGACCGAAAGGACCUCCAGGACCAAACGGAAAUCCCGGUGCCCCCGGAUCACCUGGCCAGCCAGGGUCUCCCGCUGUCUCAACGCCGCUUGUACCUGGACCACCAGGACCUGCCGGAUCCCCCGGACCUCAAGGACCUCCUGGAUCUGCUGGUCAGCCUGGUCAGCCGGGUGGUGCUGGCCAACCUGGACCGAAAGGACCCAAUGGACCUAAUGGGCAGCCUGGACCUGAUGGGAACCCUGGUGCUCCAGGACAAGCCGGACAACCCGGUGGUCCUGGAGAGCCAGGGGCGGAGCCUUCCAACACCGGAGGCGAGGCGGACCUUUUCCCGGCUGGGCUCAUAAGAGCCUUGGAGCACAUGGGGAGGAUCCUAGCCACUGGACAACGCAAAAGCAAGAACGCACGACAGCCUGGCGCACCUGGAAGCGUCGCCCAGCCUGGAGGUUCUAGACCGAAAGGACCUCCGGGACCCAGUGAGCCCAAAGGGUCGAACGAGCCUGAUGGAAAUCCGGAAAGGGAGACUGGCCCGCAAGGACCACCUGGAUCUGAUGAACAGUCGGGCGCAGAUAGAUUUCCUGGAGCUUUCGAAGAAAGAGAUUCUGUUGAAGCAGCUGGAGAGCCAGGAAUGUGCCUCAAAUAUUGUGAUAUCUACUACGCGACUCGUCGUUAA